AUGAGCCAGAACAGUUCGCCAGGGGAAGGCUCUUCCAAAGCCGGCGCAUCUCGUUUCGCCGGUGAAGAUGAGGAGCAGAGUCCAUUUGCGCCACCUCCGGCCUACAUGACCGUCGGCAGCGGUUCAACCUCGGCGAGCGCCACAGCGCUGAUGACAAGCUUGAAUAACGACUCGGGAUAUGGCGGCAGUGUUGCUGGUGACAGCUCGGCUGAUCUAGAUGGCAGUGCCGCUUGGCGUGCUGGUCUUUUGGAAGACCGACCAACGCCGCUUCACACUCCAACACGUACUGGAGAAUGGAACCCUGCAGCUAACGGUAGAAAUUCUGCUGGUUCAGCUGAGCACGAAAAACAGAUUGUCGCCAAUCACGUCCAUCAACUCUUGUACAACUCGAACCGGACAAAACUCGGCCGCGCCAUCUCACGAACCAUCGAGACACUGAAGGAACUACAGGAAAUGAACCGGCAGUGGCCAGCACACUACCCUUCUGUCCAAAGCGUCCCCCAAUCUCCCUCAGAUCGGCCCCGUAUCUCGCACACGUUCUCACAACUAGGACAUCAAGAAAGCGAAGAAGCCCUGCCAAGGCCCGAACUCAGGCGCGCAGCAACUACAUUUGGUGGCGACAAUCUCUCAGAGUCUAGUGUAGCGGCCGAACGUCGUACGCCCGCUGGGCCUCGCUUGAUGACGCCUCAGAUUGCCCAGGAGUUUUCAAUCCUGAAAUUGGAUCUUAAGCUGGGCAACCUCUCUCAAGCAGAGCUUGUGCAUUCCUUAGAAAAGGCCUCGAUUGCUUCACUGCUUGACGGAAAGAUCAGUCAGAGUAUCAAACACCUUCUUUCUCUUCGAGAUCGAAUCGAGGACACGUCCAGCAAAGUGCUCGUCACUGGCGACUUGAAUGCUGGUAAAUCGACAUUCUGCAACGCUCUUUUGCGACGAAAGGUCUUGCCGGAGGAUCAACAACCCUGCACGAGCAUUUUCUGUGAGGUGCUUGAUGCGCGGGAUAAUGGUGGGAUCGAAGAAGUGCAUGCCGUGCACAAAGAUGCGCAAUAUAAUCGGAACGAUGAGAGCACGUACGACGUUUACCCUCUGUCGGAGCUCGAGAACAUUGUGAUCGACAACGACAAAUACAUGCAGUGCAAGGUCUAUGUCAAGGAUGUACGGUCCAUUGAUGAGUCCUUGCUCAAUAAUGGGGUAGUGGACAUCGCGCUGAUUGACGCACCUGGAUUGAACUCGGAUUCUCUGAAAACGACGGCUGUAUUUGCGCGUCAAGAGGAGAUUGAUGUUGUUGUUUUCGUUGUCUCGGCUGCAAACCACUUCACCUUGUCCGCCAAAGAGUUUAUUCUCAAUGCUGCCCAUGAAAAAGCCUAUAUUUUCAUGGUUGUCAAUGGAUUCGAUCAAAUUCGCGACAAGAAACGGUGUGAGCGCAUGAUCCUCGACCAGGUCGGUAAAUUGAGUCCUCGCACAUACAAAGAGGCCGCAGAAUUGGUUCACUUCGUCUCAAGUAACGCGAUUCCAGUUGCUCCCGCAGGGGCAUUCUCGCAAUCUGGCUCAGGGAGUGGAAGUGGUGGGGGAGAUAGCGAUCCCAACGACGACGACAACGGCGACUCUACGGGUAAAGGAAAAGGCAAAGAGAAAGAAAAAAUUCAAGACUUCGAGAAUCUGGAAGGAGCCCUUCGCCGCUUCGUGCUCGAGAAGCGAUCAAGAUCCAAGCUUGCUCCUGCUCGCACGUACCUCCUUAAUUUGUUAGCCGACAUCAACGGUCUAGCCACCGUCAACCGUGAUGUGGCUCAAGCAGAGUUGCAGCGAGUGACAGAUGAGCUGGCCGAGCUCGAGCCUGCCUACGAGAACGGCAAGAAACAGAAGGCCGAGUUGACUGAGGGAGUCAACAAGGCUAUUGAUGACUCUUGUGAUGACGUUUACAACCACACACGCUCGACCCUGACCGACACCAUUGCGCGUGUGUCGGAGGCAGAUCUGGGCGUUGAAUACCCGGGCGUCUUUUCCGCUUUCCAGUACGCGGAGGACUUGAAGCAGGCCAUGCUCGACCAAAUUUCAAUGGCGGUGAAUGGCUGCGAGGACUAUGCACGUGAGAAGACCUCACAGGGCGUGGGCUUUAUUCAAAACAUCGGCUUGUUGCACGUUGGUGAAGACAAGUUCUCCCCUCUCAAUUUCCGGGCCGACCUCAUGUUCCGUCGCGGGCGUCGUCAUGGCCUGGCCCGGCAGGUUGAUACAGAGGUGGAGCUCUGGGACUUCUUUGACAUCGCAGCCCUCUGGGAACGCCAGGAAAAGGUGGCCGGAACUGGAAUGGCAAUGACCGCAGUCACUGUCCUCGGUAGCAGAGCUCUUGGUGGCUUUAGCUGGAUGGAUAGCGCCCUGAGCGCAGCCAGGCUUGUUGGCGUAAACAACAUGCGCCGAUUGUUCUUCCCGGGUGUGCUUGCUGCUGCUAUUCUUGCUACAGCCUAUGUCUUGUCGAGUAUUCCUACGACUUUGCCCCCGCGGCUCUCGAAGAAGAUUGAAGCUACUCUUAACGAGAUGGAUUACGUCCACUCCAACGCCAACCGCAUUUCCACCGAGGUCCGAAAGAUCUUGCGCUUGCCGGCCAACAACUUGCAAUCCAGUCUGGCCCAAGAUAUCGAAGAUCUCGCACGGCGCAAGCAAGAAGUUUCCAAGGUCAAGCAAGAAAGUGAAGUCGCCCUGAAGUACUUUGCAAACCUGUACCGCGAGAGCGGAGAGAACCGUCGCUCUAUCGAGGACCUUGAUCUUGAUGGGCCUUUGCCGGGUGCCAUGGGUGCCUUUGACCCAUGA